AUGGCUCCUGAGAUCAUAGACAAAGGUCCUCGUGGAUACGGGAAACCAGCCGACAUCUGGUCCCUGGGCUGCACCAUCAUCGAGAUGGCCACGGGGAGACCGCCCUUCUACGAGCUGGGAGAGCCUCAGGCCGCUAUGUUCAAGGUGGGGAUGUUUAAGAUCCACCCAGAGAUCCCAGAGUCCAUGUCGCUGGAGGCCAAAGCUUUCAUCCUCCGCUGCUUCGAGCCGGAUCCAGACCGACGCGCCACGGCCACAGACCUGCUCACCGACCUGUUCCUGACCGUCACCAGCCGCAAGAAGAAGAGCAAGAGCAGCCUCAGCGCUCCUUCCUCUGGGUCAGAGUACCUGCGCAGCAUCUCUCUGCCGGUGCCGGUGGUGGUGGAGGACACCAGCAGCAGCAGCGAGUACGGCUCUGUCUCCCCUGACAACGACCUCCACACCAACCCCUUCAACUUCAAAUCCAGCGGCAAAAGUCUGAGCGAGAGAGAAGUGAAGGGGCCACGCUCGCUCUUCCUGAGCAUUCCAGUGGAGAACUUUGAGGACCACAGUGCCCCACCGUCUCCAGACGAGAAAGACUCCGGCUUCUUUCUGCUUCGGAAAGACAGCGAGAGGCGAGCCACGCUGCACCGCAUUCUCACCGAGGACCAGGACAAAGUGGUGGCUAACCUCAUGGACGCGCUGACACAGGGGUCUGAGGAAACCAAGCUGAAGCCACAGAACAUUUCCACGCUCGUCUCCAGUUUGGCAGACUUCGUGCGGGUGGCGGAUCGGAAAAUCAUUGCAAACAUUUUGUCUCAGCUCAAACUGGAGCUGGACUUUGACAGCACUGCCAUCAGCCAGCUGCAGGUGGUGCUGUUCGGCUUUCAGGAUGCGGUGAACAAAGUGCUGCGAAACCACAACAUCAAGCCCCACUGGAUGUUUGCUCUGGACAACAUCAUCCGAAAGGCCGUGCAGACCGCCAUCACCAUCCUCGUGCCAGAGCUGAGGCCGCACUUCAGCCUGGCCUCAGAGAGCGACCCCGCCGACCCGGACGACGUGGACGAGGACCCUGAAGGCGGCCUCUCGCAGCCUCACCACAGCCGCAGAGCUUCUGUGGCUCAGAACGAAGACUCCACGGCUCCAAACGAAGACACCGUGGUCACCUCCGGGGUCAGCACGCUCAGCUCCACCGUGUCCCACGAGUCUCACGCCGCACAGAGGUCUGUGACGCUGCAGCUGGGACGGAUGAAGCUGGAGACCAACAGGUUGUUGGAGCAGCUGUUGGAGAAGGAGCGAGAGUACCAGGCCAUUCUUCAACAAGUGCUGGACGAGAGAGAGCAGGAGAUCCGGCUCCUGAAGCUGAGAUCGGAGCCCACAGCCGGGACCGAGGAGCCUCACCACAGAGCGGCCUGA